UAUCGUCUGCCGGAGUAAACUGUCUUGACGAUUUUGUCCACUUGAGUUUGAAUUUUGUGUAUGGGAUUGACGAGGAAGUACAAUACACGAAGGUCGAACAAGGAAUAAUAUUCCGCUAAAAAAUAACUAAAUUUAGACUUGCUGCAUUACAAAGUGGAUUAAUUGCCAUCAUUUUAAAGAUAAAAUAUUCUGCUUUCUCUAUUUUUUAUAAUAUUGAAUUCAUCAGUUCAUAUAAAAAGGAUGAAGUUAGGUUUUUAAUGAAAAAAUAUUGAAAUAGUUAUUCAAUAUAAAUUUAUUCAGAUUUUUUAGUGAACAUUAUGGUAUCUGCAGGAAGAGAAGAAGAUGACCUUCCUGAUAAAGAUGUGGCACGAGAUUUUUAUGCAAAAUAUGAGCCUAAAGAAGUAUUGGGAAGAGGUGUUAGCAGCACGGUAAGACGAUGUGUAGAAAAGGAAACUGGAAAGGAAUAUGCUGCAAAAAUAAUUGAUAUUAGUAGUGAUGAUGAGACAUCAUCUGUUUGUACAAAAGAAGCUACAUUAAGGGAGAUCCAAAUUCUAAAAAUUGUUGCAGGCCAUUCCUAUAUCAUUGAAUUGCAUGAUGUAUUUGAAUCAUCAACAUUUAUAUUUCUUGUUUUUGAAUUGGUUGAUAAACAGGAAUUAUUUUCUUAUAUAAAAGCUUUGUUUAAUUUUAUAUUAUUCUUUAUUAGGACAGUAAUGAAACAGUUACUAGAAGCAGUUGAAUUUAUUCAUUCUAAACAUAUUGUUCAUAGAGAUCUAAAGCCAGAAAAUAUCUUAUUAGAUGAUAAUUUUAAUGUGAAAAUAACUGAUUUUGGAUUUGCUCAUAUUCUAAGUCCUAGUGAAAAAUUAACUGAACUAUGUGGAACUCCUGGUUACUUGGCACCAGAAUUAUUACGUGCAUCUAUGUAUGAAAAUGCAGAAGGAUACAGCAAAGAAGUUGAUCUCUGGGCCUGUGGUGUAAUCAUGUUUACUCUUUUAGUUGGAUUUCCACCAUUCUGGCAUAGAAAACAAAUGGUGAUGUUAAGAAACAUUAUGGAAGGAAAAUAUGAAUUUUUUAGUCCAGAAUGGGAUGAUAUCACAGAAUCACCAAAAGACCUUAUACGUAAAUUUCUGAUAGUAGAUCCUAAACAAAGAAUAACAGCAACUGAGGCAUUACAACACGACUUCUUUAAAAUUGUGACUACUCAAGGUAGAAAAUUUGAUGCAAAGAAAACAUUUCAAUUUUAUGCUCUCUGUAUUCGUGCCAUGGUACGUUUGAAGAGACUCAAAUACUGCCCUGAACCACUUUCAGUGGAUGUUGCUUCUUCAGAUCCCUACAGGAUCAAGACGCUCAGAAAAGUAAUUGAUGGCUGUGCCUUUAAAGUAUAUUGUCAUUGGGUGAAAAGAGGUGAAGUUCAGAACAGAGCAGCAUUGUUUGAAAAUCAUCCUAAAGUGGAAGUUAAAGUUUCUUACUUAAAUUCAUUAAAGCAAAAGUGAAGCAG